UGUAACAAACAGUAUUCUUAAGCCUUACCUAGAGCUGUAGCCUGUAGAGCUGCUUGUCUGCGUUACUCCUCUCUUUUCUUCUGGCACACCCUGUUCAGUCAUUCCCUACACCUGUUGAAGAAACAUGCUCCCUUUCACAUCUGCAACCACCUAGAAUGUUUGUCCUGCUGCCACAGGGAAGCCACGGAGGCUGUUGUUGAACAGCAAGGCUCGGGGCCUGCUCUGUGACCCGUAGCUAGAGGGGAGCCUGCAGGGAUCAGCCUGUUCCUUCUGAGCUGAGACAGCACAGCAAUACCAGCACAACCCCCGGCCCAAAGGGAAAAGUUGCUGCAACAAGUCAAGGUUAAAUUCGAUCUCUGGGAGAGGGAAUAAGGAUAAAAUUCCAAAUGGCCACGCUUGGUGCAAUUACAUUCCUGGGCUAAUUUACACUGAAACCAAGGCCUCUUAGCAGAGUGCUCCAAGCAGAACUGCUCUGAAGUCUUCAGGAGUCUCAAGAGAACUGCACUGAGAGCCAUUUCCCCACAUCCAUAUCAGGUAGCCUAAAGAUGGAUGCUCCCAAAGAAGCUCAGCCUGCAGGAGAGUUCGAGUGCCAGCUCUGUGGGUUAACAGCUCCCUACACGUACCACGGGCCGAGGCCGCCGAACUCCCGCUCUGUCGUGCUUUUGGAAGAAGCCUAUGUCAUGAAGGAUCCUUUCACCCCUGACAAGGACAAAUUCCUCAUCCUUGGCUCUCAUUGCAGUUUGUGUGGCAGAUCAGUGUGUGUCGGUACAGAAUGUAGUCUGUUCUACUCCAAAAGGUUCUGUCUCCCCUGUGUGAAGGAAAACAUAAAGGCCUUUCCUUUGGAAAUACAAGAAGACAUGGAUAAAAGGAAGCCCCAGCAGAAAUCCUCCAAAAAAACACAUACAAAACAUAAAUCCUGAGGGACCAAGAGUGACAGUUCUUUGGCUGGGGUUUCUCCUCUCUGUUCAGAGACUAUCAUAUUGCUCCUUUUAAAGCAGUGACCUUCAUCAGCUCACUACUCCUGAACAGAGUCCCCCAUUUCCUUACCCUGGGUCCCGGCAUCCCCGCAGCAGCCCAGGGCCAGCGGAACGGCUCCAGGGCUGGAGGAGCCAGGAAGGAAGGCAGACAAGCCUGCUGUCACCAUGGAAAGUGCUUGGAAUGACAAACCAAACAGCAGAGGAACCAGGUCCAAUUCUGCACAUUUGCUUUGUGUUGUUCUUGACACUCCUACAGUGUUAUGAAAAUCUGAGACACAUUUAACUGGCUUAAUUCAGGAUACAUCCAAGAAAGUCCCUGUACACCAGUCGUUAUCUGGCAGUGCUGUGCUGGUAAGAUUACAGUGGGCAGGGAAUUUAAAGCUUUAAGUCUAAAAUAAAACUCUUACGAGAAAAUGUCACUGAUACCCAUAGAAAUACCUGAAUUUUUCAAAAUGAUAAUCUUGAUACUAUCGUAGCAUUGAGACUCCUGAAGGUCGGUGCUCCUAUAAUAAAAUACCAAUAAAAAUACUUACAAGUCC